UGUUCCUAUAUAACAAAUAAUCAUUCUUAAAAUUAAUAAAAACAGCAAUAAAAACAGCAUAUUUAGUUUAUUCAGGAAUGGAACAAUUUCAAUAGAGUACUGGUUGAAGCAUACAAUUCUGUUAAAUAUUAUUCAACAACCUUGUUCUCAUAGGCAUUAACCAGCGAUCCUCCUGUGCUGCUACUGGGAACAGAGCUAUACAACCAGAAGAAUUCAUUUUCCUCCAAACAUGCUCUUCAGUUAGAGAUGGGUGUAGUGCUCUACAUGAUGAUGUUUUUCCUGGGAUGCCUCCAGUUACAGACUUCCUAACUGACACAUCAAACAAGCUAAACUUUGUCUGGUCUUCAGCUUUGGCAGUAAACAUUACAAUUAGCCCAAAACCAUGGAACAACUAUGAUCAUCAGAACAUCGUUAUGCUGGAGGACGAUCCAGUAGUUGUGCAGUCUGCCUCUUUCCUUUUUGAGAAGCAUCCUUCUAGGUCAACAUUGCUGAGUUACCGCAGUGGGAUACUGAAUGUGAUUAGGGGAGCUGGAGCACGUCUGACAAAAAAGAGUCGAGUGGUGCUUGUUGGCCAUGGCAGCAAAGGAAAUGAUGGAGCUUCUAGGCUUGGCAGCUAUGGUCCCGAGGAAAUUGCUACAGUGGUUGGAGCUAUGAAGAUUGAGGGAGGACAUAUACAGACCCUCAGCUUGGUGGGGUGUUAUCUUGGAAGUGAUCUUCAUUUUGCCAAGAAGCUUUUGAGCACACUGAGAGAUAUAAAUAUAAAGGCAGAGCUACAAUUACUCACAUCCCCAGUGUCGGUAAGUCCUGCUGGAGAGCAACUAACAAUGGAUGGGAAUGUCUGGAGACACAGAGAUGGCAGUAAGAAAGUCAUUGCCUGGUUAAAUGAGAGGGGCACAUUUCAGACUAGAAUGGAGAAUGGAAACAUAGGUGAAAUUGUUCCCAGUUAUGAAGGACAUCCACUCUACAUGCACAUUCUGGAAUGGCCAACACAUCCCCAGAUGUUUGUUCCUGCUGACCUGCGCAAAAAGUACAAAUCUAUUGUUUGUCUUGAGGGCCUAACAUGGAGCCUGUUUUUUGAGGAACGUGAAAUAAGACGUGCACUAGAUUUUAUUCCAACUGGUGACCUCUCACCUGUAUGGCUAGAAGGUCAAGAACCUAAAGCAGAAGUUGAGAUUAAGCACAUUACUAAUAUUCUGGACCUCGUUCUUGAAAUCAGGCACCAUGCAAGAGAAGACGAAAACUUUGACACUUAUUACGUUCUCAAUGAUUUUGUGUUCAAAGUACAGAAAAAAACCUUCCAUACCUCCCUUGUGGGUAAAUACAUGAGUAAUCAGCAAGAGACUCAAACAUUCUUAGAUGCUUUAAAGGACCAGAAAGAUCACUACACAAUUCCUGAGCUGAUGCAAAACCUGGAGGCAUCCAAAUUUAAUGAGUUCUGCCGGCAGACAUUCCACAUGAAGCAGUGUGACCAUAACUGUGGUUGGUGGAGUCACUUCUUCAUGGAGGCUGUGUUUUCUGCUUCUAUACGGAACUUCCGCACCUUCUCGCUCUUCCUCAUGAGCGUUAUCGCUUGCGAGGUCAGCCGUUCUCAAGGCAAGGACAACUCCAUUUGCUCUGCUUUUGUUAGCAAUGAUUAUCCCAUGAUGCAUGAAGACCCCUGGCCUUUCCACGAGCGACGAGGAUUCUAUGGGUGUACGAUAGAUGAUACAGAGAAAACCAAGCGUGAGAGAGUCUUCUGGCUAGAUGAGGUGGUUUCCAAAGAGAAUUCCCUGUACAGCAGAUCAAAGAAGAUGAUGGUUGGUGUGGAUCAUGAUCAGGAAACUGAGCUGGAUGUCUUCGGUAAAGUCAAGGUGAUGAAUCAAUAUGCAUUUGCAUCAUAUCUAGAAUUUUUCCGUGGGACGAUUGAGGGAAAGAAACUGUCUCGAGGAUGUGCAGAGAAUGCUGUUUAUGAACCUGAUGAAAAAUCACAUUGAAAAAAGCCUUUGUUUUUCCUAAUUUCAAUAGUAGGGUUGCAGAAUAUUGGAAAAAAAAUGACAUUGCAAUAUAUAAAGUGCUUUUAGAAAGUCUUGUUGUGGCCUUGUGAUAGUUUUCCCCCCUAUUCUGCACAAAAUACCCAAUAAUUAGUAUUUCGUCGCUGUCCUAUAAAAAAAAACCACUUGCACCCAUUUUUGUCGAUUUUUAGUUUACAACAUAAUUUGAACAGACAAACUGUCCCUUACACUGUGCCAAAAUUUCUUAUUGAACGGGCCAAUUGAAACUCUUCAAAAUGUCCUGUAAAGUUGCUGUUUUGGAGAUAUGUGUUUUUCAUUGGACAGCGACAAUAAGUGAGUAGGGUUUUGGUAAAUGAAUAAUAAUAAUAUUUAAAAAAAAAUGAUGUAGACAUAAGUAUUCACACUCUUUCUUAUGACACUUGAGCUCUUUUGUAAUCACAUUUUCACGUUUACUUUUCUACACCUUGAUUAAAUGGAGUAUUGUAAUUUGUCCUAAUUUUGUCAUUAUGGGGUAUUGAGUGCAGAAUAAUGGAAAAUAUAUACAUUCUUUUUUAUUUUGUAAGGCUGCAACAAAACAAGAUGAAAAAAGUGAACGGGCCCAAAAAUGUUACACAUAUACAGUACUUUUCAACAUAUUUCAUCAGAAGUCAGUGAUACAUGUCAUGUAAUGUAAUGAUACCAAUAGUGCACUCAAGCAAUUCAAGCAAAGAUUGAAUUAAGAAUUUAAAUUGAAUGGAUAUAUCCUGCUUCUGUCCUGAUGUGAAUGCAAUGCUGAAACAAUAUAUUGUGCAGCCCUACUAAGCAGGCUGUCAAAAGGAAUUGCUCUGUUACCAAUUGAUAGAUAAUCAAUUGGUAAGUUCCACCUACAAUUUUUUUUUCAAAUGUUCUUAGCAUAUACUGAUAAACUGAAACCCAGUUGCUAAAAAUGCACAUAAUAAAGUCUUCACGUGUUUAAUUACAUACUGUAGCUUGUGGCAGUCAGAAACCAUAUUUUUUUAGGUUACAUAUUGUAUAUUAUUAUAUUUAGACAAUAUUGUACACAGUCGCCCCACAGAGAGAUCUAAUUUCUAAAAAACACACAAGUUAGUUUUCAUUCACACACACAGCACUAAUGUCUGACUUUUGCUAAAGCACUCAUUUAGCACUAAAUUAUUUAGCACUAAAUCUACAGGGUCCAGUGUUCACUACCAAUUUUUUUUCUGGUUUUGAUUGGGACCCUGCAGCAUGGGAUCCUGUAGAAAUAUGUUAGUUUAAAGAUUAAUUUGAGUGAUGAAUACCUGGCAACUUAUGUUAGAUGUGUGCAAAUAACCAGCUUCACUGCUGGGCCUAAUACACUUAUACCAGCAGUACACACACUACCAUGACGGCUACUAUAUUGUAAAAAAAUGAAUUUUGUUUGAAUGACUAUUUUUAUCAAGUUGAUUGAGCUAAGCCUUAACAAAAGUCUGAGCAACAAUACAUUUUACAAGCAUUUACAACGAAAACAUUUUUGUUGUUGUUGCCCAAGAUAAUGUGCUACUUUGUGUUGGUCUUUAACUUAAAAUCUUACUAAAUACAUUUAGUUUUCUUUUAGUUUAGUACAUUAGCCACAUUUAGUUUUCUGAGACUUUUCUCUCAGUUGCUUUAAGGGUGAGGGUGCUUGAUGGUGUUUGAUAGCAGAGGCACUACUAAAACUGCUUGUGGUCUUGUGGUUCUGAAAACAUGUCUUUAAAAGAUGCAAAUAACUUAAGCGGGUUUCCACCCAGUCAAAGUGUGAAAUGACACAGUGGAACAAUGUGAUGAAGAUAAAUAUAUAAUUUAUAUGAAGACUGUAUUCACAUAAUGGCAGUGCAAAGAAACCCUGUAAUUCUAUACCUAAUAAAUAAAGACCUUUCUAUGUUUUUUUUGAGCAUUA